AUGGACUCAGUCAUGGAAAAGGCCGAGAGCCACAAUGAUCGUCCAGGGGAACACAAUGAUCGACCGGGAGAAACAGAAGCAGAUGCACCCCAGGAGGACGGGGCCACGAAGCCCCAAAAGAAGCAUUUUUCCUUUUACAUGUCAAUAUUGAUGCUGGCUGUGAUCGCCCUCAUUGUGUCCUGGGAUGUGACAGCUCUCUCUUUGGCUUUACCUGUCAUUGCCGAUCAGCUACAUGGAACAAACUUCCAAUCAUUCUGGGCCAGCAUAGCGUUCACCCUCGGCAUUGCUGUCACCCAACCUAUCUAUUCUAAUAUUUCGGACGUGGUAGGGCGCAAGCAUGUUCUCUACGCCUCAACUGCUAUCUUCGCCAUUGGAUCUGUUGUGUUUGCCACUGCAAAGGAUAUGAAUAUCGUUGUCGUCGGUCGUCUGAUCAAAGGUAUCGGUGCUGGCGGGCUAGAUGUCUUGCAGACUAUCGUCCUGUGUGACAUCACAACCAUGAAGGAGCGACCGCGCUGGCUUGGAGUCAUGUCCAUGGCAAAUGCCUUAGGGGCCGUCACUGGGCCUUUCAUUGGGAGUGCAUUUGCCGAAAAUAUCGGGUGGCAGUGGCUUGGUUGGAUCAAUUUGAUCACUGCAGGCUUCACCGGUAUCCUGACAUUUUUCUUUCUUCACUUGACUCCGCUCGAGGGUCACAUUAAGGAUAAGAUCAAGAGGCUUGACUGGUUUGGAUAUGUCAUUUUUAUACUCAUUGGUACCCUCAUAGCCUUACCGCUGAGUUGGGCCAAUGAGCUCUACGGCUGGGGAACCUGGCAGACUCUUCUUCCCCUCCUCAUUGGGUUACUGCUUCUCGUUCCGUUUUGGUUCGUUGAGAAGAGAGCGACAGAGCCCAUGAUUCCAUAUCAAAUCUUCGACAAUAUCUCCAUUGCGACAGGAAUCUUGUCUGGGGGAUUCUACGGCUCAUUGAUGAACUCCGUGCUUCUUUAUCUUCCACUGUUCUUUGAAGCAGUAUACCUUGAGAGUCCUAUCGAAGCUGCAAAAUCGAUUCUACCACUCUGUUGCCUUCUUGUGGGAAUGAGUAUCAUUGUCUCAGGGCUAAUAGAUUGGACUCGAAAGUACCGGCUUGCAUUGUGGACAGGUUGGGUUUUCACUGCGGUAUUCCUGGGCAUGAGCUACACUGUAGGCGCCGGCUCCACAAGAGCUUAUGCCUAUGCCUUUCAAGCUCUCCUCGGUGCUGGUCUUGGCACAACCCUGGUGGGAACCAUGAUAACAGUUCUGGCGAGCGUGAGAAGGGUUGACGAAGAGGGACUUGCUGCAGGAAUGCUUGUCACUGUGCGUUUUAUAGGCUCCGUAUUGGGCUUGGCUAUUUGCUCGACUGUCUUCAACUCGAUGUUUGGAAAUCGUAUCUCCUCGCUAAAAGAUUUCCCUGGGCAGAUUGCAGUACUAGAAGACCCAAGCCAAGCUGUGAGCUUCAUACCAAAUAUGAGGAAGAUUCACAUAUCAGAUGAUGUUAUGCGGGUCGUGACGGCGGCCUAUGAAGAUGCUUUCCAAACUAUUUGGCUUGUUUUGGCUGCCAUCGCGGCCGUGGCAGCGCUACUCUCGUUCAUGACUAGACACACUUCUCUAGAAAAAGAUGACGUUGGUAGACAGGGAUUUAAAGCACCAGAGUCAUGA